AUGAGAUACCAACAACAGCGAGCACAAAUUUCGCCCAACUGGAGAGAGAAAGAAGCUAUAAAUAUCCAGAAACUCAUGGCUGUCAGGGCAGAUCUGCUUCUACAGCAGUUUGAGGAAAUUAUUCAGCUACAAAGGGACAUUAGCAGCCUAGCGAAGAAGAAUCAUGAACUUAUAUGGCAGGUUCAUGACCUCAUAUCAAGAUUACAACAGUAUCCUCCCAUGAGAAUACCAGAUAAGACAAGUCCAAUACAAGAAGCUGAUAGUGAAUAUGGAUUUUGCUCCUCCUCUUCCGAAACGGAAGAUAACAGAAUCGCCUACAGCAUUGACAGUCACUAA